GCGCCACCCACCAGUUCCGCCCAGCAGUGCCGCCCACUAGCUCCGUCCACCUGUGCUCAGCAGUGCCCACCAGUGCCACCCAGCAGUGCCACCUACCUGUGCCCAGAAUCAGUGCCCAGCAGUGAUGCCAGUCAGUGCCACCUAUCAGUGCUGCCUAUCCAUGACACCUCAUUAGUGCUGCCUAUCAGUGCUGCCUAUCCAUGCCACCUCAUUAGUGCUGCCUAUCAGUGCCCUUCAGUGCUGCCUAUCAGUGCCCAUCAGUGCUGCCUCAUCAACGCACAUCAGUGAAGGAGAAAAAUUACCUGUUUGAAAAAUUUUAUAAUAGAAACAAAGAAACUUCUUUUUUUUUUCAAAUUUUUUUGCACACUUUUUGUUUAUA